AUGACAACCAUCCACGAGGACAUGGACGAGUUCGUCAACUGGGAGGCGGCCGCCGCAGAGGUGGGCGACAUAUUCAACAUGCCCUCCCAGGACGUCUCGCCCACCGACCCCAACCUGGAUCUCGUAUUGGAGAACGUGGAUGACGACGACUUUGGCUUCUUCGCUCUUCAGCACUUCUCGGCAGAGAAUGCGCCGGGUGCCCUGCCUUCGGACAACAACACCCUCAGCCCUCUGGACGCACAACUGACCAGCGACAUGCACCAAUCUUUCAACACCAACUGUACCUUCGAUAAGGAACAGUGCGACCAGCUUGAAGAUUGGUGGGUCGCCCCAGACUUUCCCUGCGAUAACUGCACCCUCGGAGGCUACCAGUGCAAAAAGAUUCGAGAGGGUCGCUACAAAAACUACUGCACUUCCUGUGUCGCUCUGCGAAACGAGUGCAGCUUUGCUACCCAGCCUGACUUGUUCCAAAUGGACAAUCUUCCCAAGAACCCCUGGCCCACCAUGGGAGACCAUCCCAGUGCCAUCCCUCAGGAGGAUGGUGCAAUGCCUGUUAGUAUCCCGGGCUCAUCGACGCCAGACUUACUCAAGAGCCUGGGCACCUCUUCAGAGGAACCUGCCAUGCCGGUACCUAACAAGUCGGCAACUCCAGCCAAAAUUGGCGCCCGUUUCUCGAGGGAAUCGGUACGGAUUCUCAAAAAUUGGCUCUCUACGCACACUCGUCAUCCUUACCCCAGUGAUGAAGAGAAAGAGAUGCUCCAACGUCAGACCGGUCUCAACAAGACCCAGAUCACCAACUGGCUUGCCAACGCCCGGCGUCGGGGCAAGACACAGGCACCUCGCUCCACAUCACCUCACGUCCGCAGCAGCUGGACCGGUCCCAUCGACAUUCCACAGAGACGGGGCACUCCCGCUCCGGAUGGCAGAACGAGCCGCAUGAACCCACUGGAGCGUUGGGUGGACUCUCCGCCCGAAAACGAACCUGCCACCGUCACAGCUAUCGCCCGCGCCGUCGCUUCCAGCUCGGGGGCCUCUUCAUCAGGCCUCAACAGCCCUUACAGCUUCAAUUUCACGGAUGAUGGGUCGGGUAGGUCCCAGUGCAAUGCUUCCUCGGCGAGCAGUGUCGGCACUUCACACUCGUCGGGCGGCUCGUUUGCCUCUGCCUAUUCGCAUGCCUCCCGCGGAUCUUUUGGUUCGUUUGGGUCCUUCAACCGCGGCCGCAGGCGUCGCAGGAGGCGCGCUGGUGGCAAGCCCUCCGACGCGAAGACGUCCCUGGCCACCCCUCUCAAGACUUUCCAGUGUACAUUCUGCACCGAGACGUUCAGAACAAAGCACGACUGGCAACGGCACGAAAAGUCUCUCCACUUGUCAUUGGAGAGAUGGGUAUGUGCCCCUGACGGACCUGUGGCUCUCAACCCGCAGACGAACCAGCUGUCGUGCGUCUUCUGCGGCGAAGCCAAUCCCGACAGUGCCCACGUCGAAUCACACAACCACACGGCAUGCCAGGAAAGAACUCUUGAAGAGCGCACCUUCUACCGGAAGGAUCAUCUCAACCAGCAUCUGCGCCUAGUUCACAACGUAAAGUUUGUGGAUUGGUCUAUGAAAGCAUGGAAGGUUGCCACGCCAGAGAUUCGGUCGCGUUGCGGUUUCUGCGGAGUUGUACUCCCGAAUUGGACUUCUCGUGUUGAACAUCUGGCAGAGCAUUUCAAGACUGGUAAUACCAUGGCGGACUGGAAGGGUGACUGGGGUUUUGAAGCACCGGUGCUCUCAAUGAUCGAGAACUCCAUCCCGCCAUAUCUCAUUGACAAUGAACGAAACACUCCCUACCCGUACAAGGCCAGCGGCGCACCGGCAGAGAGCCCCAGGAGCGCUUAUGAGCUCAUCAAGAUUGAGUUGGCGUACUUCAUGCAGAACCACUUCGACAAGACCGGCCGCAUGCCCAGCGACGAGGAGAUGCAACUAGAGGCGUGUCGUAUUAUUUUCGCGUCUGAAGUCUUGUCCAUCCGAGAGAUUUCCUACCCCUUCUCAUGGCUGCGUGAUCUGAUCAUGUCGACGGAGGAAAUCAUGCGACAAGCCAAGUUCGGUCCGAUGCGUUCGCAGAUUGAAAACAGACUGUCCACCCUGAAAAUUAACGGCAAGGACAACUUGUUCGAGGUCUGCCCGCUCGAAAAUCAGCUUCACGAAUUCGUCAGAGCGAAGCGUCUGUUGGGCCUGACCGCCAUGGACGAAGAGCUCCAGGAAGAGGCUUGUAAGAUUGUGGGACGCAUCGAGGAAGUUUCGACCACUCCCUCCGAUUUCAUCGCCAACUGGCUCGUUAAGAUGAUCUACACCUCGACCGACUGGCUGGCCAAUUUCCGACAGCGCGCACACCUCCCCCGAACCGAAGACAUUGUGAACGCGAACGAACGGUCGACAGAUUUGACCAAAGUCGACUCGACCAUCCACAACUAUAGCAGACUGGAGCGCUCGUUGGCGGACUACAUGAACUCUCAGAGGGCGCUGGGAAUCGAACCGGACGAUGCCGACUUGCAACGACAAGCUCGUAUCAUUAUCUACGAGUUCGACGACGGCUGGAACCAGACUGCUGCCGAUAACCUGGAGUGGUUGGCUGCUUUCAAACAGCGCCAUCAGUUCAGUCCCUCUGCCUCUGGCUCGAGCUGGACUACCUCUCCGGAGGCUCAGUUGGCUGUAGGAGGAAUUCAGCUCUCCGUCUCGGAGACAUCGCCAUCCCAUAUUUCCACCGGCAACGCUGCUUCCAGCCUCAUCUGCCCGCAAAUGGCGGACCCAGCCAUAGGAAGUUACGCUGGCUCCAACUCCAACAAUUCCUCCUAUGUUAAGACCGGUCCCUUCUUCUUGAACGACGCAAACUGCUACCGACGUCUUGCCCGAGAACUCGGUCGUUGGGUUGCAGCCACCAUGUCCCCAAACAACCCGAGCUCCCACGUCCCCACCGACGCGGAGAUUCAACACCAAGCUCGUUGGAUUCUAUACGACGAUGACGACCCAUGGAACCAAACCGCAGCCGACAACGCAGAAUGGUUGCAACGCUUCAAGCGUGACGCCGGCAUCACAAAGGACCCCGGUCCAGGUCUCCCUCCUGGCGACUCCUGGUCCCUGUCACAGGGCGGCACCGGCUUCGCGCCUCCGUAUGCCUUCCCCAAGGGCAACAUGGCCCCCUUCGCCGACAAGUCGGCCAACGUCCCCAUCCGGGACGCGCGCAUGUUCGACACGGACUCGGCCAUCCUCAACAAAUAUCUCGAGACGUUCAAGACCCGCUACGCGAAGCCGGCGACCAUUUUCUGCGCCCGCGAGCUGGAAGACGGUCUCGUCCGCUUCGUUGAGACGGAGUUCGCUAUCACGGGCACUUUCCCCAGCGACGACGCCCUCCGCGCGCAGGCCAGGCUUAUCCUUAAGCAGCCUACGACUGCGGCCGAUGACCAGGUCUUGUUGGACAAGUUCAAGGGCUGGGUGUCGACGAAACAGUCUGAGCAACAACAGCAGCAGCCGCAGCUAUCGGCCUCGUCCUCCACCGCUGCCUUACCCUCUGGCAUGGACUUGACCAUCUCCGACGCGGAAAUGAACAACAUCCUGAAGGAGAUAAAUCUGGAUUUCAGCGCGACGGACCUAGCAAGUCUUGAGAUGAGCAUGGGGAUGGACUUGGGCGGCGGUGCGCCUCUUGGUGGGGGCCCUUCUAGUUGA